AUGAGCUCCUCGUCCGCGGCCAGCAUCGGGCAGCCGCCGCCGCCGCCGCCCGCGCCGCCGCCGCUGGAGGAAGAGAAGAAGUGCCUCAACUCGGAGCUGUGGCACGCGUGCGCCGGCCCGCUCGUCUGCCUCCCCACCGUCGGCACGCGCGUCGUCUACUUCCCGCAGGGCCACAGCGAGCAGGUGGCAGCGUCGACGAACAAGGAGGUGGACGGGCACAUCCCCAACUACCCCAACCUGCCGCCGCAGCUGAUCUGCCAGCUCCAUGAUGUCACAAUGCAUGCGGAUGUGGAGACGGACGAAGUGUACGCGCAGAUGACGCUGCAGCCGCUCAACCCACAAGAGCAGAACGACGCGUACCUGCCUGCGGAGAUGGGAAUCAUGAGCAAGCAGCCGACGAAUUACUUCUGCAAGACGCUGACUGCGAGCGACACCAGCACGCAUGGCGGCUUCUCGGUGCCCCGUCGUGCUGCCGAGCGCGUCUUCCCCCCUCUGGAUUUCACACAGCAGCCUCCAGCACAGGAGCUUAUUGCACGGGAUAUUCAUGAUGUCGAGUGGAAGUUCAGGCAUAUCUUCCGAGGCCAGCCCAAAAGACACCUGCUGACUACUGGCUGGAGUGUGUUUGUCAGUGCUAAGAGACUUGUUGCUGGAGAUUCUGUGCUAUUCAUAUGGAAUGAGAAAAACCAGCUUUUGCUUGGAAUCAGACACGCCAGCCGUCCACAGACUGUGAUGCCCUCUUCUGUUCUUUCAAGUGACAGCAUGCACAUUGGUCUCCUUGCAGCAGCAGCUCAUGCUGCUGCAACAAACAGCCGCUUCACAAUUUUCUAUAAUCCUAGGGCAAGUCCGUCAGAAUUUGUUAUACCCCUUUCGAAAUACAUCAAGGCUGUUUUUCACACGCGGAUAUCAGUUGGGAUGCGAUUCAGGAUGUUGUUUGAGACUGAGGAAUCUAGUGUCCGUAGGUACAUGGGGACAAUAACAGAAGUGAGUGAUGCUGACCCAGUGCGUUGGCCUAGUUCCUAUUGGAGAUCAGUGAAGGUUGGUUGGGAUGAAUCAACAGCAGGAGAAAGGCCGCCUAGAGUUUCUCUGUGGGAAAUUGAGCCACUGACAACCUUUCCUAUGUAUCCAUCCCUGUUCCCACUGCGAGUUAAGCAUCCUUGGUAUUCAGGAGUUGCUGCUCUUCAUGAUGACAGCAAUGCUUUGAUGUGGCUGAGAGGAGUUGCUGGUGAAGGGGGCUUUCAGUCUUUGAACUUCCAGUCACCUGGUAUAGGUUCCUGGGGACAACAGAGGCUCCAUCCAUCCUUACUUAGCAAUGACCAUGAUCAGUAUCAAGCAGUGGUUGCUGCCGCAGCUGCCUCCCAGUCAGGUGGUUAUCUGAAGCAGCAAUUCCUACACCUUCAACAGCCUAUGCAGUCCCCACAGGAGCAGUGCAAUCUCAAUCCGCUGUUGCAGCAACAAAUACUACAGCAAGCGAGCCAACAGCAGAUGGUUAGUCCUGAUGCUCAAAAUAUUCAGUCCGUGCUCAGCCCAAGUGCUAUUCAGCAGCAGCUCCACCAACUCCAGCAGAUGCAGCACGCUCAUAAUGACCAGAAGCAGAAGAUUCAACCAGAUCAACCGUAUCAAGUUCCUAGCAGUGCGGUUCUCCCGAGUCCAACAUCAUUACCAAGCCAUUUGCGUGAAAAAUUUGGCUUUUCUGAUCCUAAUGUGAACUCUUCCAGCUUCAUCAGCUCUAGCAGCAACGAAAACAUGCUGGAAUCAAACUUCCUUCAGGGAAGUUCAAAAUCUGUGGAUUUGUCUAGAUUCAACCAACCAGUAGUUAGCGAGCAGCAGCAGCAGCAACAGGCAUGGAAGCAGAAGUUUAUGGGCUCACAAUCGAUGUCUUUUGGGGGCUCGGUUUCGCUUAACUCACCCACUAGCAAAGAUGGUUCUGCUGACAACAAAAUUGGUCGUGAUGUGCAGAACCAGUCCCUUUUUAGCCCUCAAGUUGACUCUUCCUCCCUACUGUACAAUAUGGUACCUAAUCUGACCUCAAAUGUUGCUGUUAAUAAUAUAUCAGCGAUUCCCUCUGGAUCAACAUAUCUGCAGAGUCCAAUGUAUGGUUGUCUGGAUGACUCUUCUGGUUUAUUGCAAAAUACAGGAGAGAAUGAUCCGGCAACUAGAACUUUCGUUAAGGUUUACAAGUCAGGAUCAGUGGGGAGAUCCUUGGACAUCACCCGGUUCUCUAAUUAUGCUGAACUUCGAGAGGAACUGGGUCAGAUGUUCGGCAUUAAGGGUCAGUUGGACGACCCUGAUAGAUCAGGCUGGCAGCUUGUAUUUGUCGACAGGGAGAACGAUGUGCUUCUCCUUGGAGACGACCCGUGGGAGUAA